UCGAGGCCAGGACACGCGACCCGAGAAAGCGUCGAUUCAACCAAACCAAAACCAAGUGCCAAGUGCCGUGUGAAGAGGCCACAAACAACUAACUAACUAACUGCCUCCAGAAACUGUGCGAUUCUAACCAAAGCCAAAAAUAAAUAUAAAAAAGUUACCAGUGCAUCAGUGCCCGGGAAAAAGACUUAAAGCAAACAGCAGGCGAAGUGAAUAAACCAUAAACAAAACCCCGAAAAUUAACCGAAAGCAGGGAAAAAACGAAAUUUAAACGUCUGUGCAUAUUAAUCAGAACGAGAAACGUGAACAGGAUCAAGUCCUAGACAACUUAUCACAGAGGAUUUACGCAGACAGACAAACCGGGACGCAAAUCCGUGUGUAGAGCAAAAGGCAGCGCUAAUCAACGACCAAACCAGACGACGUCCUUACCGACUGGCCACGCCCACAACUCCCCCUCGAAUAGGAGAAGGAAAAAAACCACCAGAAGCCUGAGAGGAGAAGAGCAGGAGCCGCCUCAUUUGGCCACUGCGGAUUAGAUUUUAAGCACGCGAUGACAACAACGCCGAGGGAGCACUUGGCAUUGUAAUGUGACAACAGUUGGCUAAGGACAACAAAACAAUACCAAAAGCGGGCCAUCAGGAGUAGCUGGAAUGCUCGCUUUUUAAUUGACAUUUGCUCGAGUUGAGUUGCGUUUUGUUCAACAGCAAUUAGCAUCGUGAAAAAAAAAAAUGAAAACACAAAAAAUAAAACACGCAGAGCAAAACACAAAGCAGCGCAAUUAAAAUUGUAAAACAAUUGCAGAACGUUGAAUUGAAAAGGGGGAAACAAUAACAGACGACGUCGACCCGGAAUAGAAUGAUCAAGUUGAUUUAAUUAAAAAUUCAGCAUCACCCUCGCCAUCCAGCAUCCAGCAACCAACAUCCAGCAUCAGCAGCCGUGCAAUGGCAUUUGAGCACGCUGCUUGAGCAAUGGCCGCCGGACCGGAAACGCAGCCAUUGCCCUCGGGCAACAUCCGCCUCUGACUGCCGCCGACACUUGUCACAUGUUUGGCCAAAAAGGCGCGCACGUGAUGCCCCCGGAAAACCAGAUGAACGAACGGAUGAACGAGGAAAUGAAUGAGCUAGCAGCCAUAUUCAAAAUUGAACGUUAAACGUUCGCACGUACCGAGCAUAAAUUCCAAGUGAAAUAAAAGAGCCAAAAAAAUAAAAAAAAAACGAAACGAGGACCUCCCCAUUUAUACCACCAAUUCAAAAAAGAAAGGUUGAAAGUGGGUCGCAAUAUGGUGAAAAUCGUGAACCAACACUGUGAUCUAGGCCUGGCCCUCCUCCUGGCCUGGACGUGGCUAACAAGGCUGGUGUUAGCGGCCCAUCUGGUCGACAUCCCCACCUCAUCACGCCUGGCCGCCGAACGGGAGGAGCUGCAGUUGUCCCGGCAGGACGUGGGACGGCUCAGCUACCAGAGUAUCCAUCGCAUGCUGAGGGACGAAAACGAACCUGCGAGCUUUCGGGGGGAAUUGCGAUACCAACAGAAACGCCACAAAAGAGAGCUGGAGCUGAAUGCGCCGGCCAACAAGCUUAAUCUCACCCACCGCGACUUAAGGACAUUCAAUAGCACUGGUGGUCAGUGGAAGGGGGACUUUCAAGUGAUCACCGCCAUGGAUCUGAGCAGCAAUCAACUGGAGAGCCUCAGCUUGGACAACUUCAAUCAACUGAGGCAGCUGGACUUGGGUAACAACUCCCUGGUGGUUAUACCAUUGAGUUUGGCAGACACCAAUAUGUCACUACCCUUUCUGACGCUCGAUCUUUCCUGCAACAAAUUCAGCCACAUUUCUACGAGCUUUUUUACCCAGCGAUUGCCUCAGUUGAAAAAUCUGAACCUGGCUCACAAUGAAUUGCUAAACAUUUCCCGGGAAUCAUUCUACAAUUUGUUGGAACUACAAACGUUAGUACUCAGUCACAACAACAUCUCGGAUAUUGACUACGAAACAUUUUUGGCACUACCGAAUCUGCAAUAUCUGGAUUUAUCCCAUAACCGCUUGAGUGGAUCCGCAAUUCGUGCUCUGCAGGGAAUUCCGGAUUUGGUCAGCCUUUCCAUCGCUUACAAUCCAGAUGUGGGAGUGGCGAUGCAGGAGUUCGUCGCUUCCUGGAGCCUGAAAGAGUUGGAUGCCAGUGGCACUGGCUUGUGCCAGGUGCCUGCAGCUCUAGCCCAAUCUGUGAGGACUCUCAAGUUGUCCGAAAACUGGCUCAAGGCAAUUAAUUGCGGUGACAUGGACAGCUAUCCGCUCCUGCAGUACCUUGAUCUCUCGCACUCCCGCAUUGCCCAAGUGGAGGACGAUGCCCUGGGACGUUUGGAGCUCCUCGAAUCACUUUUCCUCGACCACAAUCUUCUGAUGCGAGUGCCCAGCAGUCUGCCACCAUCGCUGGAACACUUAUUUCUGCAGCACAAUCAGAUAAUGGAGCUUCCGCCACAGGCUUUUAUGGGAUUGGUCAAUCUACAGACUCUGGACUUAUCCAACAAUCGAUUGAUCUUCCUGCCCCCGCUAUCACUGCCCAAAUUGCUCACCCUGAAUCUGCAAUCGUCAGGGGUGGAGAGUGUUAGCCAAUCGAUAGUGCACACACUGCCACAGUUAAGGGAUCUUUUACUGGAGGACAACCCCAUUAAGUGCAGCGAUUUGCUGGGCAUUGCCGAAUGGGCCAGUCCUUGCAGGUCAGUGGAUGUGGGUCAAUCGAAUGGGGCAAGUGUGAGUGGGCGCGUGGAUCUAAAAACGGAGUAUCUGCAGUUCCACAAUUUCUACGAAAACUUCAGCAGCCGAGAGUGUGGUAUAAGAAAACCGGAAAAUGACACAAAGCCGCCUUCUUGCAGCCUGACAAGGGCAGCAGCAACAUUAACAACAACACCCAGAAGUAUGUCAAAAGUUAAAAAGUCACAAGAAGCACAACCAACAGCAACAUCAGUGGAAAUAGCAGCGGCCGCAGCAGCAAUAUUAGAAAAAACAGACAUACAAGGAACAUCAGCAGCAGCACCAGCAGCACAGUCGACUGCGGCGGCAACAACAGCAGAAAGAGAAGCGAUUGCAACAGCAACAUCAAGCGACACCACAGCAACACCAACACUCGCAGCGGCAACAGCAAUGCAAUCAGCUGGCAACAUCCCUGCCCAGUUAACCACAAAAACGUUGGGGCCAACAGAAACAACUUCGUUAGCGCAACUGCAGCGUCGGCAACAAAUGCCUGGCAUGCCGGCCAAAACAACAGAAACGCCAGCAAAGAACCUGCCAAGUUUGGCCCAGACAAAGGCAACAACAGCGCUUCCCAUUUUGGCAACACGAGAUGCUGCCACAGCAACAACGGAAAUAAAUUCCGACAAGCCAACGAACAUUAGCGGUGCCACAAAAACAGUAGCAACAUCAGCUGCAGAAAUAGCAACACCGCCAGCAAUUGAAGUGCCACAAACCAUUUUGGCCGGCAAAAAAUCUGACAAAAUGCCAGCCGAUAAGGCUCACGAGACUUUAUUAAAAUACCCAACAAGGGACACAUCCGGUCAAGUUGCAACAACGCCACACAAACAUGCAACACUGCAGCUGCACGUUAAGGAUCGACAUCUAAUUGGCACACCGCUGCUGAUGCACAAGGGCGAUGUCCUUUUGGUGGAUGCCGAGCAGUUGUUGCUGCCUGGUACGGCCACCGUGGCAGAUGCGGAUUCGGAAGUCCUGGACCCAAGCCAACAACAUCAGUCAGCGGAGCAGGAAAAGCACCAGUCAGCGACUGAUAAGCGACAAGCGGAUGCAAUAAAGGGCGACACAAAGUCGCCGGCGAAAAGCCACAAAAAGAAGCCAUCGCUGAGCAUCAAGAAGAUGACCUACAGUACCAAGCACGCGGCAAAAACGGUGGAAGAUAUGGCAGCCACCUCGAAGACACCGCAACACCAACAUAGCAGUGUGAACACACCGAAAGAAGCUGCUCCCGAGGAGCUGAGCACCUUUGCGCAGCUCAAAGCCUAUGUGGAGCUAAAGAGCGAAUCGAAACCGGAACACCUAAUGGACCAGCGGGAGGAAAACCAUCAUAAUCUUACAGGAAAUCAUCCCGGAGUCAUGCUCCUGGUGGCCUGCGUUUUGUUCAUCGUCCUGCUCGCCGGUUUGGCCCACGUCUAUCGCUGUGAAUUGCCUUGGCAAAGGAGCAACCGCUCUGGUCAAUUGCGACCGCAUCAUCAAAGGCAUCUAAACGAAACCGAUGAUGCGCACAGCUUCCUGCACUAUCAGGGAUCUGUGAACUCCAAUGGCGGAGAUCCGGCUCGCCUGCAAAAGUGGCACCACAGCACGCGGAGAGAAGCACCCUACAGCUCCCCGCUGCACAAUCUGCAAGCGCGGGAACUGCAACAGCAACGCUGCCAGCAGUUCUAUAGCUCCUCGCUGGCGGACAAGAGCUCCUCCACCUCGUCAUCCUCAUCGGGAAGCAGUCGCAGUAGCCUGCACUCGCCCAGCAGAGAUGAAAGCUACUAUAUAGAGAUGGCCCCCAGUAGUCCAGCAGCAGCCAACCUGCCUAGUUUGCCCAUGGAACUCUUGGGCAGCAGGAGUAAUGCCCUCGGAUGCCGGACGGAUCGAGUGGCAGCCACCGAUCUGGGCGGUACGACAGAGGCGGUACCCUCUUCGGCGGCGGCCAUCAAAUCGGUGAGCAGCAGACUGAUGACGCCCAGUUCGCGGAGGCUGAACAUCUGGUGACAAACCGUCUUUGGUCAGCGACAAUACGCACCCUUUCAGUAGAGUAAAAAAAUAGGAAUCAAUGUAGUUCGAACGACAAUCGCCACCUGCCAACUUAACCAGAUGAGUCAGAGAGUCGGAGCAGAAAAGGGAAACUAUUGAAGUUCUUAAAAAUAUUUUUAAAAAUUGUAUUUCCCAGAUUGAGUUUCUAUUGCAAGGUGCUCGUGAUUUAAAACUCAAAUUUUGAAGAAAGGCAUUAAUUACACCAGUUUAAAACUUUCAGAAGUCGUUAUGUGCUUGGCAACACAACGUGUCCUGUCGAUUUUUUGUAGGUCGAUACUCGAAAAAAGAUAAUGGUUAAAAAUAAAACUCGAAAGAAAACCAAAAUGGGACUACGACAACAGAGGGAAAGCAUAAAUGCCAGCAGCUUUAUAUAUUAUUUUCAGUUGGCUCCUGGCUUGAUUUAUGAUGCCUCAGUGCCCACACAUUGCAGACCUCUUAGCGACUCGGUUAGCAGCAACAAUUUGUCAUAAAUUCCUGUUACGUAUACGCCGCGUAGUCCCGGGCAACUAAGGCGGCCGAAAGAGGCGAGGGGCGUAGACAAGCGGCCAAGUCAAAUGGCCAAAGAGCCAACGCCACCAAAGUUUUUACGAGCCAGCCGAAGAAGACGAUGUCCAUCUUGUGGUCGUAUUUGGGUCAGUUUACUGGCCAGGAGCACCGUGUGCGGCCCAGUUAACUUUAUAUAAGUGCCUGUCCGCCUGCCAAGAUUAAGUGUUCCGAUAGUCAUGCAUAUAAAAAUGAAAUAUCGAUCAAGUAUUAAAUAACAAUUUAUUUUAUGACAGACCCAAUUCAGUAAUCAGAAAAUGAGGCCGCGCAUGCUGAGCCAGGCGAAUUAAUCGAGGAAUAUUGGUUGGUAGUAAAUAUAAUAUGGUAGUUGGAAUUUAAUAUCAUCGAAAUUGGAAAAUUAGGUGUGACUAGCCAACAGAGCGGAGGAAAAAAGAAGACAAGGACGUACAAAGUGAAUGAAGUACCUUGCUAAACAUUGUGUUACAGAUUUUAAGUCUGUUCCAGGUAGAAAACUUAAUUUGAUGUGGUGCACCACUUUCGAAUUUUCAACAUUCAAGCCGAGUCCAUCCUGCUCUUAUUAUCCUUUGAGCCAUGCUGCGCUUUGAUGUUCGAUGCUUUGCCAGAUCUUAACCUACUUUCACAACUGCUUCAGAUACUAGAGUUUAAAUUGCAAUCUAAUUAAAGUUUCGCCUCUGUCCCUUUCGCAAAACCCAACUACCUUUUGGAUACUAGAAGUGUUUUGUGGUAUCACCCAGUUGAAAGAUUUAUUUAAUUAGCUUGAAUUCACUUUUUAUUUAUUUGUAGGAGCA